UUUAAAUGAAAUAUUUUCAAAAAUUCUGAUCAAAAGUACCAAAAAUAAUUAGAAAACAGUAGAUCGGUUCCUCUUUUUGCUUCCAUUCAGACAAAUUGCUAUCAAUCUUACUCUUUGCUUCUAAUUUCAUAGACACAUCAAGCAUAUUGUCAAGUAGUACAUAUCAGAGAUUUAUCUAAUCAUUCGUGAUGGGAUUUACAUCAUUACUACUUGUGCAGCAUUGUAAAACAAUGAAACGUUUAAGUCUGUCUAUGAAAUCCAUUCAGUUAAUGCCUUACAACAUUUCAAAGUUGUCAUACCAAAUAUUAUAUAGAACAAUGAGCUGUGACAGAAGUGUACAUUCUGCAAAUAUCAAUGAGAUCCAUGUGAUGCCAAUUAAAGAAAUUAUUAGACCAAUUCCAAGUGUCCUUGACGAGAAAAAAGUUGAUUCAUUAAUGGAAACAUUGAAGGCAAAUCCAGAUGAUGUAACGCCUAUUGAUGUUCUUUGGGUAAAAGGAAGUGAAGGAGGGAAUUAUUUCUACAGUUUCGGUGGAUGUCAUCGAUAUGCAGCACAUAAAAAGUUAAAAAGAAGCGAAAUUCGUGUUAAACUUGUCGAAUCGAACUUGCAUGACCUGAAAAUUUAUUUGGGUUCAAGCUGUCCAAAGGAAUUAAAAUAAAUUCAUUUCUUAUUGACAAAAUAACUUUAUUUCUAUUAGACUUCAUUCUUUAUUAACUUAAUUAAAUCAUCUGGCUCUUUUGGACUUGUUGUAAGAAUUUCCAGCUUCAUAUUUUUAUUAAUCAUCACGUCGUCUUCAAUGCGAAGUCCAAUGCCUCGAAAUUCUUCAGGAACAUCUGCACGAUCAUGAGGGAUGUAAAUUCCUAUAAAACAGAAAGCAAUGCAUUGGAUAUAGACAUAACAUAGUAAGAUAAUCUUACCUGGCUCAACUGUGAAAACAUUUCCAGGCACUAAUUUGUUACUUCUCGAGACUAACGGUGUAUCAUGAACAUCCAUUCCUAAGUAGUGUGAUACGUGAUGUGGACAAAAUUUAAAAGCUGCUCUCGCAAGUUCAUGUCCAGUUUUAUCUUUUGGUAUCAGACUUGCUUCUUGCAGAUAUUUUCCCAAUCUUGUACACAUAGUGUCAAAUAAUUCAUCAAGAGUAUAUCCACCUUCAUUCAAUACACAAUUUAUCAAGUCUUUUUGAACAUUCAGUACGACUUCAUAGAGAAUCCUUUGAGGAUCUGUAAAUUGACCAUUUAAUGGCCAAGUACGUGUUAUAUCAGAUGAAUAUCCCCCAUAUUCACAGCCUGCAUCAAGCAACACCAUAUCUCCAUCUUGUGUUAUUUGAGAAUUAUUAAUGUAGUGAAUUGUUGUAGCAUUUCGUCCUGAAGCCACAACUGGGGGAUAGGCUAAAAUAUAUGCCCCAUUUAUCCGACUUUGGUAAUCAACUUCUGCAAAAAUUUGAUGCUCAUUUAUUCCUGGAUAUGACUUUCUUAUAGUUUCAUUCACAGCAUUUGAACCAAUUUCACAGGUUUUACGCAUCAACUCAAUCUCAGCUUCUGACUUUAUCCAUCUCAAUGUGUGAAUGAAUUUUGUAGGAUUCUCAAAUUUAUCAAGAGUUUUAAGUAGAGGAGUUAUUGUACUUUGCUCGCUGUUCUUUUCAUCGUACCAAAUAAGUAGAUUCUUUAGAUUUUUAACUUUUUGUAGGAACGGAUUUAGAUGAAAAGUUGAGUAUGAUUCUUCAACGCCGAACAAUUCAACUCCAUUUUCAGAACCAGUCCUGAUUCCGUCCCACAGUUCCUGAUUCUUAUCCUUUGGCCUUAAAAACAGUAUAGAUUUAUGAGAUUUCUCAUUUAUUUCCAUCAUCAAGACUGAAUCUUGCUCCAAACAUCCAGAGAAAUAGAUGAAAUCAGAAUUCUGUCUGAAGACAUAAGGUAUUGAUGAUGAUAUAUGCUUUUUAACAGCGGAUGGAAUAACAAUCAAGUGAGUUUUGACAGACGGGAAGUUUGUAAGUGAAUAAGCUCUGAUUGUCUCAAUAAGUUGAAGUCUCCGAUAUGAAAUUUCUUCUGAUGUUAUUCCUUGAACUAAUUCUCCUUGUUUCAAUAAAUGAGGAUGUGUCUGAUGCGUUGGUUGGCCAUAGAUUUUCACCUGAUCAAGGUAUUUAAUUCUAUCCUUUAAGGAAAAUUGUGUAGUUUUAUGACGAAUCGAAACAUUUUGGAUAUAGCUUAUAAAACCU